AUGAGUGACGAUGAUGCGUUUUCUUCUUCCGAUGACGAUGAUCUAAUCUUUGAAUUAAGCACUAGACCACCAAAGUUUACACAGGCCCCAGAAUCUAUACCACAAGACUCUAUCAGAGAACCAGAAUCUUUACAAACACAGAAUGAUGUGCAAUAUAGGAAGGGUACCCAAUUAAAUACUACUCAAGACAAUACUGAAAUACCGAAAUUACAUGCUGAAUUAAAUAAGGCGCAAGGUGAGGCUAGUAUCCUUCGAGAUAAAUUGACUUUAUUGAACCAAGAACGAGACAAAGAAUUAGCUGCUCAAUUGAAAAGAACUAAUGAAUUAAAACAGAGUCAUGUUGACGAAUUGGAGAAACUAAAGCAUGAAUUACAAACCUUAGAAGAUGAGAAAAAGUUUUACUUGAUGGGGAAUAGAGCUAAGACAAUCACAAGAACGAGCACUAAUCAAGUUGCUGCAGAGAAGACACCUGGUGCCGGCAACUAUGUAUCGCAGUCUCCCGUUCCAUCUCCUAAGCGAAGAAGACUAGAAAAUGUACAACCGAAGAAAUCUUACGUCCCAAUAAAUCAUAAUAGAGUCAUUAAUGAUGAGACUGCUUCAUUAUUGGAACUAAUAAUGACACAUAGGUUACUUGGUAGUACUUUACCAACGAUUCAAAUAUUAUACCAAAUAAAAUUUCAAUAUAUUGAAAGUUUCCAGUUCAAAAACUUCAAUAUUAAGAAAGGGGAAUCUAUUGGUAGAUCAUUAAAUCAAUUGUUGUUAAGUUUUGAAAAGAGUAUGAAUUUGGAUAAAUUUAUAGAUACAUCGUUGGAAAACAUAGCUGUAUUAAUCAAAGAGAUAUCAUUUCAUGAAAAAGAGCCCAAAUUGGCUGUUCCAUUUCUUGUUGCAAUCAUGUACCAGUUAAUUAUCUUCAGACCCAGUGCUGUGUACACAUCUAUCUUAAAAGACAUCUUUUUUUUCACAAGCGAUCUAAUAAAGACAUAUAACCAUGUUCUCAAGCAACCACUGCGAGAAUCGCCCAUUGAUGCUAACUUAGGCUCAAGAAUAUUCCAGUAUGAUUUAAUUGAUUUCCUAGUAAUAUGCUAUUCGUUUGAUUUACUGGAAACCACAAUACAGUUCUUACAUCUAGAAAAUCAACUGAAAGGUUUCAUUGAUGUCAAAGUUUUGAAAUCUUUAGAAGAAACUUGUUCAUUAGCAUUGUCCAUCUCAUACAAACCAGUCACAAACGUAAUAUUCAAUAUGGUUGGAAUAUUGAGUACAUUAUCGAGUAUUUUGGUGAUGGAAUCCAACCCAGAUGAGCCGACAGAGACCAAACUAAUAGAUUCUGUGUGGUGGAAAAAUCGUGUCACCAGUUUAUACCAACUCUUAUCCAAAGAGGUAAACAACCAAGAUCUUUAUAAUGAAGAAGAUGUUUCUUCAUUUUAUAUUUCAAAAUAUCACGAUUGUUAUGGUCUCGUUAGAAGUUUUGGGAAUAAUACAAUUGGUCCUUUCAUCUCGAAGUUAAUAUACGAGGAUAGAUUACAAGGGAUUCCUCGAGUGAUCUCCAAAGAUGAUAUUAUAACGCCCGAUUGUAAUGAAGUUGAUUUUAACAUGGAGCGAUGGUUUUUGCUAUUAAAAGGUGAUAUCUUGACCAUAUUGGAGAAUUUAUUAAUAGUGUAUCCUGAGGACAAUUUAAUUGUUAAUGGUGAAAUGUUAAUCCAAUUAACUAUGCUAAUGUCAAAGGAACAAGACGGAAUGAUUGUACGACAUGUGGGACAAGAAUCAAUGAAUAUAGGACUGCGGUGUGCCAUCGUGGACCAUAUUCUUUCUCUAAUUUAUAAAUUAUGGAUUAAUCAUCGCUCGCUAUUGGGCCAAGAACAAGUGAAAGGAAUUGAAACUGAGCUUGUAAUGUCACUCUGGAGAGUAUUAGUUUCACAAGUUCAUGACGUAGAAAGGUCAUCUGAUAAUAUGACAGGACACAGGCAGCUUGUUGACAAAUUACAUGAAUUAAAGAUUAAGGAUGAAGUUGAUUACUUUGAUGAUGCAUUGGAAACAGUCCCAUCAUAUAUUGAAGAAGACAUGCGAAGAGAUUUAGACCAGAGAUGCCUGAGGAUAAUGCAAGUUGGAUAUAGUGAGAUAAGUAAAGAGAUGGCCAGGAAUAUCCUUGAAUCUGAAUUCUUAAGUUUGGAAAAUAUAGAUUCAUUAUAUGCAUCUAUGGGUAUGUAA